AGCAGCGGAUCAGGUCUGUGGACAGGUGUGCAGUUCUGUGUUUUUUCUGUCCUCACUCCUCUGAUUUCAGAUUCUCACACUGAGCAGCAGGGGGCGCUCCAGGUCCACCGCUCAGCUUUGUUUGGCAUCUCCGGAUGAAGGCUGAGCACUAACAACCAUGACAGAGCGAAACAGCUCACAUGUGACCAACUGUGAAAAACACUGAGAUGAUUUUUUAUUACAGGAAGUGAAAAAGGAAAAGUAAGUGUCAGCGACCCUGGAAAUCAUGUGACUCACUGGUAUCACUAUAAAUAUAACAGACAGAUAUCAACUUAUGUUCUGUCUGUGAAGGCUCUCAGUCAUACAGGCCGUGGUGAUCUAAGCUUGGAAGAAACGCGACUGGACAUCUUGUGAAGACUUUUCAUCACAAUCAGGAUAUUUUGAUAAUCCCAAAGGAAAUUAUGUAUCCGACAAGCUUCUUCAGUUCCAAAAGCAAAUGAGUCCUAAGGGGGUCGCUGACCCACUGUUGAUCCUCUGCCUAAUCACAUGAGCCAAGGUGUGAAAACAGGUGUCACUAUCAGCCAACGUUGUGAAACCUAGCCUCAUCCUAUCAUGUGACUUACUGAGGUCAAAUGAUCCAGGAUGUGAGUGGGCAUUAAGGCGUCUGGGAAGGGUCUCAAACUGGAUUAUAGAUGGCAGACAGUUGGUGUGGAAGCCCCGCCCUCUGUCCAAAUAUGGUUGUUCACAGUAGACAUAGAUGCUUCUUUCACUCCUCUUUCAAACCAUCUGUCUUCUCUGUCCAACAUCUGCAUCUAAACCUUUGACCUUUAGAUGCAGAUGUACAGUUGAGUCUUGUCCUGUGGAGGUGGCUCUUCUAUGUUGUGGCUGUUUGGAGUCUCCAGUGUAGUCUGAGCACUCCUCGCUGCUCUGCACAGCUACGUUGUUGAGUUUGUCUUUGUGAUGAACCAGUUUGUGUCUUUGUGUGUUGCUGGGUCAGAAGUACACUGGCAUGUCGUGCUUGGAGAAGACUCUCCUGAAUGUCUCUGAUAAACCUGCUACAUCAGUGAUCACAACGAUGUUCUGUUUCUCCAUAGUUGGUGUCUGAUCUUCUUUACUGGGGAUCGUUUUUUCUAAUCCACUCUGAUAACCUUGCUACAGUCUGUUACUGUUAUUAAUACUUUACUUUCACUUUGUUUCAUAGCUUUUGAAACGUCUUGCCCCAGCUUAGUUUUUCCUAAAUUGUAACUUGUGUCCUCACGCUGAUGUGAAACAGGAAGUGGUUUAUGCUGAGCAGGUCUGCACACAGAGGGGCAGACAGGCGCAGGAGUGCUGCCUCUCACUCAUAUGUGGAGACUGAAGUGGGGCCGGUCCCGAGGGUGACGGCUGUUAUUGGUGGCCCGGUACAGCAGAGGAGUGAGCCCUCGCGCUGUCACAGAGGAUCUCUGUGUGCACAGCGCUGCAGCACACAUGAAAGUUGGAGCUGCACGGUGAAGUUUCGCAGAAUCACAUGGGAGGAGGCUUCAUCACAGCUCCGGCUCAUCAGACGGCUGCUGGUGACUUUCUACACUUUUCUUCAGGUACGGUUCUUCCUCUAUGGUUGUGAGAUGUAAAUCUGCUGCUUUCUGUGUGUUAUUCAGAUCAAUAUUCUAACAUAUUGAUCAGCGUGCCUCCAUCACACUCAAACUGAUUUAUGAAGAGUCUGUUUUAGAGUUUCAGAGAGUCCCUCGCACCUACAGUUACAGCAUGUCAAAGGAAAGACGUUUUUCUACUUCACUCUGAUUAACAGUACGUUUCUCUUUGGCUCAGGUGGUAGAGCCGAUCAGCUACUGAUCGGAAGGAUUAGUUUGUAGAAGCUGAGCUUGGAAUCAUGAAGGAUCAGAACUUAAACAAGGAUGUGAUGAAGAUCCUGGAAGAAGCUCCUAAUGCCAGAAAAGCUCUGAGGGAAAACUAUGACAAUCUGCUCAAUGUGGCCGACUACUGCUACAACAACUACAUACAGGCUGGUGAGGGCAGUGUGAAGGCAUUGGAAGAAACUAAAAAGUUCACCACCCAAUCACUGGCCAGUGUUGCUUACCAGAUAAGCACUCUGGCCAGUAGCGUCCUGAGUCUACUUGAUGCCCAGACCAAUCAGCUUCGCCACAUGGAGUCGUCUAUCAACCUGAUUGGUCAGACCGUGGACAUGCACAAGGAGAAGGUUUUCAGGAGGGAGAUUGGCGUGUUCACGGCGGUGAGACGAGUCCCGCGCAGCCACAAGAUCCUCCCUCCCACCAGCAUGCAGCCACGCCCAUCAUACAGCCGCAAGCCAAUCAACUACCAGCAGCUGGACAGUCUGGGCCACGGCAUGAAGGUCUCUGGGAAACAGUCGGACAAAACCGGAACGAUCCGCAAACACGGCGCCUCCAUCAGGUCCAACAAAGCUCCAGAGGCAGUCCAGUGCCCCGUGGUGCCCCCUGCUGGCGGCUCCAGCUUUGGGAAACCUGUAGCUCCACCCACCAUCCCCACCACCUGGCAGGCACCGCCUGAGGCUGACAUCAUCACCACGCUGCUGGACGAUGCCCCACCCCCUCCUCCUGCUCUCAUUGAGAUGCCAGUUCCAGACGGUGCCUUGGCCUUGCCUCCCCCACCUCCUCUUCCUGGUUCAUCGGGAGAUAUAUUAGCCCCCCCCCCUCCUCCUCCUCCCCCCCCUCCACCUUUUUCAGGCGCUAGCACUCCACCACCAGCUCCACCUCUCAGCCUUGAGACAGUGGUGGAAGAGAACAGUUUUCCCUGUGCCUCUCUGCCUCCUCCUCUUCCUCUUUCUGAAGACUACGGCUUUCCUCCGUUGCCCGGUGACACCGCAGACCUCCUGGCCCCACCCCCUCCACCUCCACCUGACCAGGAGAUAGACGUGACCCUCCCAUCCAGGAGGAGUCGCCGCCGUCGCUCACCCCCGACCACUCGCUCUCUCUCUCUGAGGGUCCGCUCAGGCCCUGCCUCUCGCUGCCGCUAUACUCGCUCUCUGUUCCUGCCUACUGUCCAAUCACUCAUGAUUCCCCCGCCUCCCCCCUAUCCUCCCCCCUGUGCUCCGCCUCGUCUUUCCUCCUCUUCAGCUCGGUUCUGCUUACCUGCUCGUCUCGAACACCUGGAUCUGGAGAUCCCAGCCCCACCUCCUCCGCUCUCAUUGGAUGAUAUGGCAGGGUUUGAUGACAUACCGCCCCUCCCACCUCCGGUGGAUUAUGACACCAAUGCCCCUCCAGAUUACAUUGAGAAAGUGAGGGCGCUGUACAGCUAUGAGGCUGUGAAGCUCGAUGAGCUGUCCUUCACCGAGGGCGACAUCAUCUACCUGACUCAGCGCCAUGACGACGGCUGGUAUCAGGGCAUCCUGAACGGCAGACAGGGCUACUUCCCUGAGAACUACGUUGAAUCAUGUGGCUAAAUGAAGCCCCGCCCCCUCAUGUUUAACAGCCCCACUGUAGUGUCCACUGAAUGAUUGUUGAUGUAGGGUAACUUGUUGCACACCUCGGAUCAGGUAGACUUCUGUGUUCUUAGCUUCUGAUUGGUUUCCCCACACCUGACUCAUUAACCCUUUGAGCGCUCGUAUAAAUCCUGUGAUUAAUGAAAUAAAGUUUUUUUCUCAAAGCA